UAUCUUCAAAAAUAAUACUUUCUGCUUUUAAUAUUUUUUCCAUAAGUAGUAGGAAAGUUCUUAUAUAUACCCCUUAACCUUCCAACUCUCAUUAUUCAAACCCCACAAUAGACUAAACUCUUCAAACCAAACCCAAGUUAUUCUCACCUCCCCCAAAUCCACCAUUCCAUUCUUCUUUCUCUCUCUAUCUCUAUCUCUAUCUCUAUCUAAUUCACGGAUCUUUUGAGAAAUAAUGGAGGCAAGUAGCAUGGACGAAAGUUCUUCAACAAGUGAUUCUCAAGUUAGCACUACCCUUCCUCCAAUGAUAGUCCGCAACAUGAUGAUGGUCCCUUCCGCUCCCUUACCCACCAAGGCAUCCGCUACGGCGGGUAGCCUAUGUCGCAUGGGGAGUGGCACAAGUGUUAUCAUCGAUUCCGAAAACGGAAUCGAGGCCGAGUCGAGGAAGUUGCCUUCAUCUAAAUACAAGGGAGUCGUCCCACAGCCUAACGGCAGGUGGGGUGCUCAAAUCUACGAGAAACACCAACGUGUGUGGCUCGGCACCUUCAAUGAAGAAGACGAGGCAGCACGCGCUUACGACGUCGCCGCCCAACGUUUCAGGGGCCGUGAUGCGGUUACUAACUUCAAGCCUCUUUCAUCAGAGGAUGAACUCGGGGCUGCCGAGUUGAGGUUUUUAAACUCUCGGUCUAAGGCCGAGGUAGUUGACAUGCUUAGAAAACAUACUUACCUUGAUGAGCUCCAACAAAGCAGGCGUAAUUUUAAAGGUGAUGUUUGUAAUAACUUUGGAGAAAAAGGAUUAUUACAUUCCUCAUCCGACAAAUCCAAAUCCUCCGGUAAUAAUAAUGACGGAGGGUUUGGUCGUGAGCAGCUUUUUGAGAAAGUUGUAACUCCAAGUGAUGUAGGGAAAUUGAAUAGGUUAGUCAUCCCAAAGCAGCACGCUGAGAAACACUUCCCACUCCAAGGGAGUAAUAGUACUACUACUACUACUACAACUAGUAAUACUACUAAUACUCUAGUUGGUAGCGGGUCAAAAGGCGUGUUGCUAAAUUUUGAGGAUGUGAAUCAGAAGGUGUGGAGAUUCAGAUACUCGUACUGGAAUAGUAGUCAGAGUUACGUGCUAACAAAAGGAUGGAGUCGUUUUGUUAAGGAGAAGUCUCUUAAAGCUGGAGAUAUAGUAAGCUUUCAGAGAUCUACUGGACCUGAUAGGCAGCUUUACAUUGAUUACAAACAAAGGAGUAUUAGUGUUGAAUGUACUCCGGUGGAUGUACGUGCAGCAGGACAAAUGAUACGGUUGUUUGGAGUGGAUAUAUGUAAACUUCCGAUUUCGGUGGCGGAAGUGACGGUGAAUGUGAAUGGAAAAAGGUUGAGGGAAAUGGAGUUGUUGGCUAUGGAGUCAAGUAGCAAGAAGCAGAUGGUUGUUGCCGCCUUGUGACGUAAAUCUCAUUUUGUUUUUUGUUUUUGUUUUUUAAUUUCUAAUUUGCUUUUGUUAAUUAGUUGUUUAAUGUGGAGAUAGGUGUAGGGUGCAGGUGGUGCAAGUUGCAAUUUGUAAAUUAGUUUUAUAACAAUCACAAACAAAAAAAAAAGGCAAGAAGAAGAAAAUAGACAAAAAGUAAAAAAAAACAGCUGAAGAGAGCUGGUUAUUUUUCAUGUAAACUUCAAAAAAACAGUAUGAAAGGAACGAAAGUUCAAAAGCAAUGGGAAAACUCUCCAUCAUCCUUUUUGUG